CCUCCUGUCCUGCGGGGGCAGCACUGAGUCUCUGGGCUCUGCGGGCAGCUACCUCCGCUACACCAGAGUGCACAGUAAACACAAACCGACGCCACACCGAGAACAAGCCAGCAACGACUACAGUAGCAGAAAGUGAUGUGCUUGUACCAUCUGCCGUAGCGGGACUCUAUAGCUGAACCCGUUCCCUUCCCUGUUGCUGUUCCCCCUGAAGACCUCCACCACUUCCUCCUUCCCCGUCCUCCACCUCCUCCUCUUCUCCCCCCCUGUGAUGCCUCCCUCGUGCUGUGGCUGCCUGUCACAGUACACUCAUCACCAUCUGGUUGCCUUCCUCCUCACCUUCUUUAGCUAUGUGCUGCUCCAUGCCUCCAGGAAGACGUUCAGCAAUGUGAAAGUCAGCAUCUCCGCUCAGUGGACGCCAACUUUUACAAAUGACAGCGCAGCAGCUUUUUCUCCCGGCAAGACAUGGGAGGGCAAUCAUCUGUUUGCAGAUAAAGAGCAGGCCACUCUGUUCCUGGGAGCUCUGGACACCAUCUUCCUCUUCUCAUACGCAGUGGGUCUGUAUUUCAGCGGUGUGAUUGGGGACAGAGUGAACCUGCGCUACGUGCUCUGCGUCGGCCUGUGUGGCUCUGCUGCAGUGGAGUUUGUGUUUGGCACUCUCACCGAAUGGCUCAAGAUCUACAACGUGUAUCUGUACUGUGGGCUGUGGGUGCUGAACGGCCUGCUGCAGUCCGCUGUGUGGCCCUGCGUGGUGGCCGUCAUGGGGAACUGGUUCGGCAAGGCGGGCCGUGGCUUUGUGUUUGGCCUGUGGAGUGCCUGUGCCUCUGUAGGAAACAUACUGGGGGCUUUCCUGGCUUCUAGCGUGCUCAAGUAUGGAUACGAGUACGCCUUCUUGGUGACCUCGGUGGUGCAGUUUGCCGGUGGGGUGGUGGUGUUCUUCGGCCUGCUGACCUCCCCGAAAGAAGUCGGUUUGAGCUUGGAGGCAGAGACUGGCCUGAGUCCGGUGAAGACGGACACGGACAGCCACCGGCCUCUGAUGAGCGACGAGGAGGAGGAGGACGCCGCCGAGGUGGAGGUGUACGACAGACAUUACCACUCGAUUCAGGAGCCGGAGGAUCCUCUGGCUGAGGCCCCUCUCCCCGUGACCUUCUGCCAGGCCUUCUGUCUGCCUGGAGUGCUGCCGUAUUCCCUGGCGUAUGCGUGUCUGAAGCUGGUCAACUACUCCUUCUUCUUCUGGCUCCCUUUCUACCUGACCAACAACUUUGGCUGGAAGGAGGCCGAUUCUGACCGCCUGUCUGUGUGGUACGAUGUCGGAGGAAUCCUCGGAGGGACGAUUCAGGGUUUGAUUUCUGACUUGAUGGGCAAGAGAUCCCCGGUUUUGGCCCUCAGUCUGGUGCUGGCCAUGGCAUCCCUGGUGGGAUACAGCCACUCACCUAAUGACCAGGUAAUAAACGCCGCGCUGUUGACAACUACGGGCUUCUUCAUUGGCGGUCCAUCUAAUAUGAUCAGCUCCGCCAUCUCUGCUGACCUGGGGAGGCAGGACGCUUUGAGGGGGAGUCAGAAGGCUUUGGCUACAGUCACCGGCAUAGUGGACGGGACAGGAAGUAUAGGAGCCGCUGCGGGACAGUACCUCGUGUCGCUGAUAGAGAGCAAGCUGGGCUGGAUUCAAGUCUUCUACUUCUUCAUCGCCAUGACGGCGGGCAGCAUUGUGUUCAUCACUCCUUUGCUCCACAAAGAGGUGCGUGAGAUGUGGAGAGAAAGACAAGCGCUGCGUCGCCAGCUGUGAACGCUCCAUCAUCCUGUCAGCUGUAAGCUACUCUUAUCGAGUGACAACGCAGCUCACAAACUGCUCAUUUUAGGUGAGUUUUGGGAGAUGGAAAAAUUGGUGGCCAGAACGGUCCACACCCAUGGGCGCCGCCACAGAGCACAACACUGCAGUCUUAUCCUGUCACUAGAAGCCUAAAAGUGUAAAUGCUCAAUUAUUUUAGUGUGAAAACAAAGAUAUGAAGUUUAAACUGAAUGCUGGUUUUAAAAGAAUAUACUUUUAAAAUGGACUUUGCCGUCCAAUCUGCACCAUCACACUACUACUGUACAUAUUUAAGGAUUUAAAUGGAUGUAAAAAUAAGAUUGGCAUUUUAGAUAAGAAGUUCUUUAGUUAAGAUCAAGCCCUCUGAGACUUUCAGUUGCCUGAAGAAUGUGAGUAAUAAUUGUAAUGUAUAAAUUGAGCUUUUGUAGAUAUGUAUGAUAUUUUUGGUCCAGAUGAAUAAUAUUGCACUGUAGUCCAGUAAUAAGUCUUAAAGAUUUGAAUGAACCACUCAGACCUUAGCAGGGUUUUGGGAAGCUUUGAUUUCUCUUGUGUACAGUUUAGUGUAAUCAGGUUACUGUAUAAGGGGACUGGUUCUUUCAUUUCUCUUUAUAAUAUAUGUCAGUCAGGGAUUGAUAUAUGCUUAUUCCUUUUUUAAGUUUCAGUGUCUUACGUCACACGCAGUUGUUUUAAAAAAACACUUUCACAAACAACCUUUUAACUGACAGAAACACAAUUCUGUAGAAAGACCCACGUCUCACAUUUAGUUUACAGUGUAGCAUGCCUAUUGCACAUUUCGGUGUGAACUGCAUACUGACAUUUUAGAAAAAACACAAUUUGUUUCUUGUGUGAAGUUGCACGUUUGUUGGGGGAAUGGGAAUCUAUGUUUGAACCGAUUUAUUACAUUUUGAAGGUAAAAUACUUAAUUAUGUCUAAGUUUGAGUGGGGACACUUUCAUGAAACACCAGCUUUAUGCGAGUUAAUGUCUUAGCAGUGUCAAAAACCAGCCUUCAUUUUUAAGCAAGAUGAUUUUGGUUGAAAUCUGUAAAAAAGAGACUUUAAUUUGUGAUUUUAUAGUUAACAGAAGAACCAAGUAGUUUUCUCCCCUGCUUAUAACCACUUGAAGUGCUUUUAACAUGUGGAAACGUUGACAUCAGGGCUUCUUCGUGCCAUCAUCUGUGAUGUGAGACGUGUUCCUCGCACUAAACCAAGAGCCCGGAGCUAAAAAUGAGUCUUGACCUUGUGUAAAAGAAUGUAAAUUGAAACCCAUGUGGAAUGUGUUACACUAUCUGUGGUGUCUUUUUGUUUUAUCUUUAUUUAUGUGUACGUUUCAACUUUUAACUGAUGUCAAUGCAAAUUUUCAUUUUAAAUAAAUGCAAAUUACAUUUUGUAAA